AUGGACUGGAUUGGAGACUCCUCUGAGUAUUUGGUCAUUGGUGGCCAAAAUCGAACAAUAAGUCUGUAUAGUUAUGAGGGUUGUCAACUUAAACCCCUCGUUGAGGAGAGCUCCUGGAUUUUGAGCACUGCCAAGCAUCCAAGAGAUAAAUGCUUGGUGAUUGGUUGUCAAGAUGGAACUAUAAGAAGUUUGAGAUACUCUUUGCCCAUUGUUCAUAGUUUCUUUCGCGAUCGAUAUGCCUUCAGAGAAAUGUUAACGGAUGUGGUUAUCCAGCAUUUAUUAACAGAACAAAGAGCUGAGGUCUUUCAAGGCAAACUAGUGGUUUUUCUAUUCCUCCUUAAGGAAUCCGGCGUACUGAAUUUUGCUUGGAAUCAGAUCAACAACAACCUUCUCUGCUACUGUAGUAAUGAUACUUUGUUCGUGGUCGUUGAUGAUUACGUGUUCCAUCAACAACCUCUGGAAGGUAUCGUGAUAAGCUUUUAUGGAGCCUCUGUCUACUGUAUCUCUAAGCAAACAGUACGAUGCGUAGAAGUACAAUUAUCUCAGGCAAUGUACUACUACCUGAAUGCAGGCCACUUGCGCGAGGCUCAUCGCAUUGCCUGCCUAGGCGUCGCAGAAAGUGAUUGGCGAGAGCUUGGCAAAGCUGCUCUCCUCAGCAUGGACUUUCAGGUUGCACAGUCAGCAUUUAUUCAACUUGGGGAUUACUUCUACUUGACCUAUGUUCAACAGUUAAGCGAACGUCAACGUAGGGGUGCUGCUCAGGAGCCUGCUUCAGAGGUGACACCAACGGUGACACUUCUUAUAGAAGCUGAACUGGCUUGCUUCCAAGGCAACUACAAUGAAGCUGUGAUGGCUUUCAAAAAGGCCAAUCACCUAGAUCGCAUAUUGUGUCUCUACAUGGAUUUGCGGAAAUUCACCGAGGCCAAAGAGGCUCUGGCAUUAGCAGCUGGAGACUGCAGAGCUUACUUUGAUCAGCAGUCUAGAGAUACCCCUCGCUUUCUGCUCACCAAGCACGCUGAAUGGGCACGUACCAUUAAAGACCAUCGCACUGCUGCCCUCAUGUUCAUUGAAGCUGCAGACUUUGCUUCAGCUGUUGAGCUUGCAGCUGAACAUGGAUGGGUUGAUGUGCUUUUGGAAAUAAGUCGGAAAAUUGAUAAAGGUGAUCGGAUAAGUCUUGAGCUAUGUGCAAAAAACUUGGCACACUUGGGAGAGUAUGCUUUUGCAGCCGACUGCUAUGCCCGAAUGGGCGAUAUUGAUAGUCAGGUUGACAUCCUUAUCAAAGCGGGUAAAUGGGAUGAAUUGUUAUCUCUGGUUCAAGAACAUCCAGACUUCACACGUAAAGCGUACCUACCAUACGCUCAGUGGUUGGCUGAAAAUGACAGUUUUGAGGAAGCUCAAGCCGCUUUCGCUCAAGCAGGACUUGCAAGAGAGGCAUUUAAGUUUCUGGAGGAGUUGGCUAGUUGUGCUGUUUUUGAGUCAAGAUUCGACGAUGCCAGCUCGUACUACUGGAAGCUGUCAAGGCAGUGCGCUGAAGUGGCUAAAAAUACAGACGAUAUUCGAGCCAAGCGGGACUGUUUAAAAAGAUUCGAGGAAUUUUCUAAGCUUGCGGACUUAUACUACGUCUACAACAACAUUCACCAGUACAUGAAUGAUCCAUUCGUGGUUCACAGGCCUGAAACCUAUCUCAAUAUGGCUCGGCAUAUUUUGUGCACUCUGGCGAAAAAUAGCUGGAUUCUUCAAGGUUUUAAAUUGGCCAGAUGUGCUUUUGAUCGCCUACAGACGCUGCACAUAAAGGAGCCACUUCGGCAGUUAGUGGAGAUGCAAAGUUUAGCCAUUAGGGCCACACCUCUGCAAGACUCCGAAACUGUCAAUAUUGCGUGUUAUCGGUGCUCAAAUGCUACCUCAACGCUUCAAAAUGACAAUUGUUGCAUCAGCUGCAAAGCGCCCUUCACUUACUCAUUUUUGUCGUUUGAUGUUCUACCUCUCGUGGAAUUUGUACCGGAUGCUGAAUUAACAGAGGAGGAGGUGACGGAGUGCAUUCAAAGCGAUCCGGCGGCUCAUCUUGCUGGUCAGCUAUCAGGCCCGUCAUAUGACGAUAAGGCUUCGAGCUGUGGACGAGACGCGUUCGCUGUAAAGCUCGCCAACUUCAACUUAGGUUCUGAUCAAUACCAACCCGUCGUAUUGGACGCAGAAACGCUUAGAAUGAUACCGCCUUCGGAGAUCAUUAUCCUUGAGCCUGGUUAUCCAUUGAGAAAACAAUUUUUUAAGAAUGUUCUGCCGAAAAUUGGGGUUACUUUCUGCAAGUCAUGCAAGAAGGUGAAUCACAAAACUAGCACAUUUUGA